AUGGAUAUAUCCGUAACGUACAAGGCAAGAGAAAAAUUACCUAAAAAUGACGACAAUUUCAAAAUUUCAAAAGAUUCGAUGAUAAAUUUCGAGCGGAUAAAAGGCAUAUUGGAAAUCGAACAAAAGAAGAAUAAUGAACCAGUUCGUCAAUACUAUAAAUUAAAAGAACGGUCCCCGUCUGAAAAAUAUAAUAUACAAAAAUUAGAAAAAGAGAUUAGAGAGAGCCGUGUUGAAGUGGAAAAUAUCAAGUCGGAACAAGCUCGCUGA